AUGAAUGAAUUUAAGUCACACAAUAGAAUACAAGGUCCGGUAAAACUGACUGAGUUUCGAGCCUUUGUUGAAGAAAUGCACAAGUACAGUGAUCUUCUCUUUGCUGAUGCUUACAAGAAUAUUAAGGAACCGAGCCCUAAACACCCUUGUACAGUUGCUAAAUCUCGGAACUGCCGAGCGAAAAAUCGAUACACAAACAGUAUUCCAUACGACCACUCGCGAGUAAAACUUCGAGCGUCAGACAAUGUUGGGGGAUCUGACUAUAUAAAUGCCAAUUACAUUCCGGGCUACACAUCCCCACGCGAGUAUAUUGCCACCCAGGGUCCGAUGCAGGCGACCUUCGACGAUUUCUGGCAAAUGGUGUGGGAGCAAAAUGUGGACACGAUUGUUAUGCUGACGAAGCUUGUGGAAAACGGAAGAAUCAAGUGUGGCAAGUACUGGCCGGAUGUGAAGAAGCCGGUGUAUUACGGGGACAUGCUUGUCUCAGUGGCAUCAGAGUCCAACCUCUCCGACUACAUGCUCAGAAUCUUCGAAAUAAAAUUAAACGGGGAACGGCGUUCUGUCUGUCAGUUUGCUUAUCUGAAGUGGCCAGAUAUGGGCUGCCCUGAGUUUCCGGAAAUGCUCCUGGAGUUUGUGGAGGCGGUGAAAGAUCACAAUAAGCGUCAACGUGGCACAAGGCACAGGGGGCCAAUGGUUGUGCACUGCAGCGCUGGUGUAGGUCGGACGGGGACGUUUAUCGUUGUGGACCACCUACUGCAGCACAUACGUCACCAUGACGACAUAGACGUAUACAAAUUCGUGCUUGAUAUGAAGAACCAUCGUUGCAACAUGGUCCAAACUGAGGACCAGUUCAUCUUUAUCCACGAGUGUCUGAAGGCUUGUAUAACCUCGGAUAGAAAUUAUGAAGAUGCGGAUGAACAUAUGUACGAACAACUCACGAAUAUCGGGAGGCGAUAUCUACGAUAUUAGAUGUCAUGAUUAGAAAACUGGGCAACACCAAUGAUAGCAUCUUGGAAUUUUA